CGAGCGGAGUGCAGUCGAAGCCUCGGUACGGUCUUCGAAGCAUCGCGUCGCGCGGGUUUCCUUCGUCUACGUUAGUCAGUCUGAUAUUAUUCUUUUUUAGGUUAAACGUUUACGUUUCGUUUGAUUAAUUCGACAGUAUUAUCAACGUGGAAUUCGAAGCCAAGAGCUGAUUAAUAAAAUUAAUCGUUUUCAUUAAUUUAUCGGUUAUCUUAUCGGGCCUCUUGGUGUUAUAAAUUCGAGAAGGCGCGCACUGACUGGACGUAGACCCUCCCACCUGGAAGUUACGUAAUAAAAGCUGUGAAUAUAGUGUGGAGUAAUAAUGAAGUCGAAAAAGAAUGAGGGAGUUAUAGUGGGUGAUACCAAUGGGGUUCUGGGUAAUACUGGAACUGAUAGCGCCAAGGAGAAGCAGUUAAAAAAGGGUAAGACAUUCUGCCAGUCCUGCAAAAAGAAGUGCAGCGGUGAGGUGCUGCGAGUGCAGGACAAGUACUUUCACAUCAGCUGUUUCAAGUGCGCUCAGUGCAACUCCAGUCUUGCUCAGGGUGGAUUUUUUGCCCGAGAGGGCUCCUACUAUUGUACCAAGGAUUAUCGCGAGCGUUGGGGCACCAAGUGCGCCGGUUGCGGGGAGUACGUUGAGGGAGACGUUGUAACUGCCGGGGAAAAGCACGCCUUUCAUCCAAAUUGCUUUCACUGUCAGAGGUGCAGACAACCGCUUCUGGGACAGGGCACUAAAGUGACAUUGGUGCAAGGCCAGGCACUUUGUCAUCGAUGCGUUAGUAUUCCUGUAAGGGAGGCUUCGACUCCUGUCAGCAAUAGCAAUCCUCAGACAGUACGCGACGGCCCGGCUGAUCCUGGUGCCUGUGCCGGUUGCAGGCAACAACUCCGAGAGGGUCAGGCUCUGGUUGCUCUUGAUCGUCAGUGGCACGUUUGGUGCUUCAAGUGUCAUAGCUGCGACACAGUGCUCCACGGCGAGUACAUGGGCAAGGAUGGGGUGCCUUAUUGCGAGAAAGAUUAUCAGAAGCAGUUUGGGGUUAAGUGCGCGUACUGCGACCGUUAUAUAAGCGGCAAGGUGCUACAAGCUGGUGAAAAUCAUCACUUUCAUCCAACCUGUGCAAGAUGCACAAAGUGCGGCGAUCCCUUUGGAGAUGGCGAAGAAAUGUACUUGCAGGGUGCCGCUAUUUGGCAUCCCCGUUGCGGUCCUGGACCCACGGGUCCUAAUGGUAUAGUCAAUGGACACGGGGAUGGACAUACUCCACAGCAUAGAGAAUCCGAGCGUAUCUCUAGCAGUGCUUCAGAAAUGCAGUUUUCAUUGCGGUCACGCACUCCAAGCCUGAACGGAUCUCUGUGCAGCCCUUACAACAGCCUCAGUCGCAAGUAUUAUCCUGCACGAACUGGCAGCCCUGGCCUCAUCCUGAGGGAAUAUGGACGCAGCGGUGCCGAGGAUGUUUCUAGGAUCUACACAUACUCAUACCUCACCGAGGCUCCCACCCAGGGAUACCUGAGACGUCCCAUUCAGCCUUACGAUAAACCUCCAACUAGCCCACAUUUCCAUAGACCGAGCUCAUCGCGUUCGAUAAGGAGCAGUGGAGGACGCAGCAGCCGGUCAGGAAUGCGAGCCUUGGUCGAUGCUUUAAGUGAUACUAGACCUAAAUCACCAGCUGCCGGUAGUCAGGUGGACAAUGAAGAACCAAUCGAGCUGGCACACUAUCCGGAUGCCAUGAGACCACCACCAGGGGCACAGCCGCCAAUAGAACGUGAUGAUUUUCCAGCACCGCCCUAUCCCUAUACUGAUCCUGAGAGGCGCAGAAGGUGGUCCGACACUUAUAAGGGCGUGCCAGCUUCUGACGAUGAGGAUGAAGUGGAUAAUAAGACCUACAUUAAAGAGGCGGAACAAAAAUUAAAGAAAGAGCACGACGAAUUAAGUAAAAUCGACACAGGAAUUGCCAAGGUAUUUCUACAAGAUCGCGAAAAGGAUCGUGAAAAUCUAAGACACAAGGCUGCUCAUGUGGAUCCUAGGAAUGCAUCAAGAACCCCUUCCGCUGCCAGGGAACCAGCUUAUAGGCUUCGUUACGAGAGUCCGGUCGGUGCCUCGCCAUCGAGAAACAUAGAUCAUGCACGACCGUGGGAAGACGAGGAUGGUGUCAGUUACAAAUCAAGCGUAGGGCCUAGUUAUAACGCCGGGAGGUCGUCAGCUCGUUCCCCGGCUCCCAGAAACUAUCCACCUCUUGGUACUCAGCGGGCCUUCACUCUACCGAACGCCACUAGGCACUACCAUUCGGGUGAUUACUCGUUCAGCGGGAUGGGCGAUAAGACGCACAGCACCGAUUUCUCAUCCGGCAAGUCCGAUAUAUCGACAGGAAGCAUCACGGAUGUGGACCGACGGGCACUGGUAUGUACAACAGCGCCCUACUACUCCCGGCGAAUUAGCAUGAAUGACGGUGGGAUCCUGCCGUCUUCAACAACGUACACCGGUGGAUUGGGUUCGGUCGUAGGAGUUCAUGGAGGUCAUCAUGUGAGGCGUUCAUUACCGGAUAUGGGAGCAGCGCCAACCGAACCACCCAAACUUUAUCCAUACCACUUGCUAGUGAUUACAAACUACAGGCUGCCAGCUGACGUAGAUCGUUGCAAUCUUGAGCGACAUCUAUCCGAUGCAGAGUUCGAAGCGAUCCUCCAGUUCACUCGUGCGGAAUUCUAUCGACUACCACAAUGGCGUCGUAACGAGAUAAAGCGUCGUGCUCGACUCUUUUAACUGCCCUGCAUUCUACCAUUCAUUACACCGAUCACUAAGAAUUUAAGUGCGUCGCAGACACAAUCGUGUUCGCACAAAAUUUUAUUCCAAGUUGGAUUUAGAGAGAGAGAGAGAGAAUUAAACGUGGCGACCAUCGAUAGGAAAGGGGAAAAAAUUGUAUGGAUUUUACUCGCUAUUUGUGAAACUUUGAAUACAACGUCCACGUGUAUCAAGGAAAAGGCACUGCCGUUUUAAUCAUACAUUAUUUUUUUUCCUCGUAACGAAUUCAUGGGCAGCUUAUUACUUGUGCAACGUAACAUAACCUCUUUCACUCGCUGGAACUUUGAGAUUCUCAAAGGACGCGGUCGCUUUAACUGUUUGCUACAAUGAGGUUUCCCACCAACGUGAAAAUCACUUUUGUGGUUUUUGUAGGAAUGAGCGAUUUCGAGAACUAAUAUGAUAAGAUAGAAAUUGGAUAUCGUGAUAGAACAUUGGAUGACUGAAUUCCAGCUGUGUACCAGACGCUAGUGAUGUUUUCUUUACCUCGGAUCUUAUGCCGAUGAAGAUUCCGAGAUAGAGAAUCCCUUUCUGCUAUUAAACUUGACACGAUUAUUAAUCUUUUAAAUAAACUUUUUGACCGUGGAUAGAAUUAAGGAAGGAGGGGAGACAGUUUGGAACUGUUCUUAUGGCAGGUGUUUAGCGCGUCAUCCAGUAUUUCUUCGCGUGGACCUUUCUGUACUCUUAGACGCUGUGUCACUAUAUAUUUUUUUUAUGAGUAAUUCUCGAGUUACGGAAUAGCGGGAAACAAUAAUGAGCGUAUACAGAGAGGAACGCUAUUGAUACAAUAAAAUAUUGUAAAUAACGAUAUGGGUCGAGGCGGAGAGGACGGAAGUAUGAAGGAAUUAGAAAUGCUAAGUUAUACAUUUAUGCUAAUUUGCUUAGCCGCGACACAGGACACACGUAAACACAACAUCCCUAUGAUAAAGUAAUGAAAUAUUAUAAUAUUAUAAUACAUACAAAACGCUACUACGUAAGGGCUAUUAUUAUUAAUAAUUUUAAUAACUACUAUUAUUAUAUUUUACUAUAAGCGAAACAAAAAAAUAUGAAACAUCUAGCUAGGAGGUGUAGCUUGCUGAGUGACGCCAGGUUGUAUUUAAUUGAAUUACUCGGUCACGGUGGAACGAGAUAUUUUUUUUUUUUAAUUGCAGUUGCAACGCACUACCGCUGUCCUAAUGUCAGGAUCAAUUAAAAAUUAAUUCGAGCAUCGAAGACUAUCUCGUACGAACGUGUCCGUAGAAAUUUUCUAAUGUAUGCGAAGGAGGUUUUUUUUUUCUAGACAGUAAGGAAUAGGUGAUCGGUUCAGUUAUUGUGUCAUAUUGCAAGCUGAAUUUUCAAGGAGUGGGGGUCAUGCUUUAAGAACUGUCAUUUUUUCUGGAUAUAGGCAGAGAGCGAAAGGAGGGGAAUUCGUUUAAUUAAUUAAAUACCAUGAUUCCUCAAGCCCAAAGUAUUUUAACGUAAAACGUUAGAAGUCCAAUAAAAUGCGAUUAUUAUUCGCGCAUCCUCAAACAUAAAUCAAUUGUUAAUAAAAAAAAUUGCAGAAUUAUAUAUACUAACGUUCACACGACUCGUUUGAUCAUUUGGACACGAGAAGUAGCACUUAGAUCUCAGAUCUUUUGUACAUUAUGUUUCACUUAUAACAUCUUCACUAUUGUAACAAUUAUAGCGAAUUUCAGUUUCCUAUAGACUCUCACGUCAUAUCCUGAUUCAUGUGCCUGCAAGAUGUAAUCUUAUUCACAUUGUAUAAGCCGCCGAGAUUCUAUGUCCAAUGAACGAUCGAGUCGUCCUGUAAAUUUUUGCCACUUCCGGCACUGAUUCUCAGCUUUAUUGCGCGGAGGUAAAAUUUAUUUUGUGCUCGCAAUAACGAAAACGUUUACGAUUAUCUAGAAUUUUAACGAGCAUUUUAUGCGAAUAGCUACAUAUACUAUAAUAUUCGUGAAGUUCUGGAAAUCGUUAAGUUUUGUAAUCGUUUAAAGACGACACCAUAAACUUAUCUCCAUCACCACAAUUAGAACCGAUGUAACUUUUCUGUUGUAUAAAGCACAUCGCUUCCGCUAGUCCCUGAAAUUAAAUAAACGCAAACUAUAAAACCAGAA